AGCGAUAUGACAACGCCGAUUCGCCAACGAAAUCGAAGAAGAGCAGAAUAAAAAAUUCGGGAAAUUGAAGAGAAAAUCUUGGAAUUAAUUUGAUACACUCCGUUUUCACUGCGUAUUGAAUAUACGAAUUAAAAUGUCUACUUCCAUCUUAUUUCGAACACUUUCAGGACAAAUAAAAAAUUUGGGUCAUCGGAACACUGGAUGUGUCUGGACCCUAACCAGAAAUGCGCAUAAUAAGAGCAAUAGUCCUCUGGCUCAAUAUGGUGGAAGAUUUACAGUAACAAUGCUUCCAGGCGAUGGAAUUGGUCCAGAGAUGAUGAAUUAUGUCAAAGAAGUCUAUCGAUAUGCUGGAGUCCCUGUAGAUUUUGAAGAAAUUCGCUUUGACCCAAAUUCUGAAUCAGAGAUAGACUUUUUUGAUGCCAUUACUUCAAUCAAACGAAAUGGAGUUGCCAUCAAAGGAAAUAUUGAAACCAGAGAGAACAGACCAGGUCAAAUCUCACGCAAUGUGGAGUUAAGAAAUGAACUAGAUCUUUUCACAUACAUCAUGCAUUGCAAAUCUUUUCCUGGGAUUCAAACAAGGCACAAGGAUAUUGAUAUUUUCCUUAUCAGACAAAACACAGAAGGCGAGUAUGCUAUGUUAGAGCAUGAGAAUGCGCCUGGAGUUGUCGAAAGUUUGAAAAUCGUCACGCGCGCCAACUCCGAAAGACUUGCCCGUUAUGCCUUUGACCUUGCUGUAAAGGAAGGAAGAAAGAAGGUCACAACUGUACACAAAGCCAAUAUUAUGAAAGUCUCCGAUGGUCUUUUCUUAGAAACGUGUACAGCAGUCGCUAAAGAAUAUCCAAAUAUAGAGCAUAACAACAUGAUCAUCGAUAACUGUUGUAUGCAGAUGGUGGCCAAACCUCAACAGUUUGAUGUUAUGAUCAUGACCAAUCUUUAUGGAAAUAUUCUUUCGAAUCUCGCGUGCGGUCUCAUUGGUGGCCCCGGCCUGUUGAGUGGAAGAAACAUGGGUCCUAAGUAUGCUGUAUUUGAACCGGGCACCAGGAAUACCGGACAAUCCAUCGCUGGAAAGAAUAUUGCUAAUCCGAUUGCAAUGUUGAACGCUUCUGUUGAUCUUCUUGAUCAUCUUGGACUAGAUCACCAUGCCCAAUUGAUUGGAAGUGCCAUAACUAAGACCAUAAAUGAAGACCACAUAUUUACCCCAGAUCUUCAUGGCCAAGCAACAAGUAUUGAUGUAGUUCAAAACGUGAUCCGUAACAUCCAGUACGAAACAAAAGCAAAGAACUGGGCUGCAAUGUAGAACGAAAGUUCCUUGAAACUAGUCGCAGUUGGCGCCCAUCAACAUCGGUGAAAUUUUUAGUCGACCUUCCAUUAGUAAUUCCUGUUGUGUUUUUGACAUGUGUAUUUGAGCUUCUGGCCGAAAAAGAAGCCAAUACAAAAAAAAUGAACAUAAUAAAGAUCGAAUAUCCUUUUCCGACUUGCUUUGAGGGAGGGGGUUGAUCAAGUUUUAACUUGAAAUGAAGGUAUAAAGUAAAAAGUGGGUUUGUGAUGAACAACAGGGGGAAGUGAGUGGAGUAUUCAUAUCAUGCUUUUACAGAUAGUAUAAAUGGGUUGAACUACAGCUCAAAUAACGCGUUCGGCUUGAACUUGGGGCUUUGCAGUUUGCAUGUAUGAAAAGUCUAGACAUCCGGCAUUGGGUUCGGCUUGGCAUUAUCUAUUUUCUCUGCUACCUGUUCCGCUUUCUCCAGGUACUGAAAUAUAGCUCGUCUUACAUUCUCCGGUAAAUGCUUGAAUUGAUCAAAAAUCGAGUACUAAAACAAAAAUAAUAACAUAAAUUAGUUAUCCAGUUUAACCCUUGAAUUGAAUUACCGUGUAUAAGAAGUAAGCGAUUGCUGUAAAGAGGAUCAACAACAAGACGUAAUGGAUAAUUUUGGGUUGAACAGGGGAGGAUCCCACAUGGGAAGAUAACGGCUUAACUGCCUCAACGCCGUCAGUGGCAUCUACUAGGCGCCGAGAUUCGUAAGUGUAUUGAGAUGAGCCCGUAAAAGAACGAAUACUCGGCCUUGGUGUUGGCGUACCCUUAAAGUAAAGAAAUAAAAAUUUAGUUGAUUUUGUC